GCCAUGACGGUGAUGUACGAAUAUGGGAUAAGCGGUCAAGCUGACGUUGAAGAAAAGUCGAGAAGUAAAACAUGAUCAGUGGUUAAGAUAAUGAACUUGGCACUGGUGAGGAGCGCGGGUCCUACAGAUGAGCCACCAUGAGCAAGGCCCACCCUCCUGAGCUGAAGAAAUUUAUGAACAAGAAGUCAUCACUGAAAUUAAAUGGUGGCAGACAUGUCCAGGGAAUACUGCGGGGAUUUGAUCCCUUCAUGAAUCUUGUGAUCGAUGAAUGUGUGGAAAUGGCAACUAGUGGGCAGCAAAAUAAUAUUGGGACGGUGGUCAUAUGAGGAAAUAGCAUCAUCAUGUUGGAAGCUUUGGAACGAGUUUAAACAGUGGCUUUUCAGAGGAAUUCAUGCCCCCUUUU